UGACGUGGUGUGUGACUGAAAGCUGUCGUUGUCGUCUUGAUCGCCGAAUAAAAACCCCCAAAAAGACAAACUAAAUAAAUAAAUUCUCAAACUUGGUCACAUUAUUUUGAUUGUAAUCAUUUCUCAUUCACCGUUAACGACAUUGAAUUUAACAAAGAUAUUUUCCCAUUAUUUUGAUUUUGACUACAAAGUUGAACAAUGAAUUUAAUACGGCAUAUAUUAUUGGCAUGUUUGUUCGUUUUGCCAAUUCUUGCUCUAUUCAAUAAUGCCAACAACUUCAAUGUACAAGCUGUUGAAGAUGAUCCGGUUGAAGGAGAAGAUUCCGAUGUGAAUGUUGAAACAGGUGAUGUUAUUAAAACCGAAGAAGAAGAAGAUUCCACACUAUCGGCUGAAGGAUACAGAAAUUCACCGGAUGCCGAUAUAACUUACAUGUUUACUAAACCUGUAGGAAAUGGAUUAGAAUUGCCCGUAGGAAAAGAAGUUCAUUUUUUGGUUGGUUUUAUGAAUAAAGGUCAAAAAGAUUUCUUUGUCGACACAAUGGAUGCCUCGUUUAGAUAUUCUGCUGAUUUCAGUUACUAUUUGCAGAAUUUCACAGCAUUGGCUUACAAUCGAAUAGUCAAACCAAAACAAGAGGUCACUUUUAGCUAUCAAUUUUUUGUCAGUGAAGCCUAUAGUCCUCGACCUUAUGGAUUGACCAUCAAUCUUUACUACCGAGAUGCAGACAAUAUUCAAUAUUUGACUCCAGUUUUCAAUGAAACUGUUAGCAUUGUCGAAUUGGAUGAAGGAUUAGAUAGUGAAACUUUUUUCCUUUUCAUCGUUUUGGGAGGUCUUGCUGUACUUGCUCUUAUUGGAAUGUAUCAAUUAUUCCAAUCUUAUGGCAAAAAACACAUUCCAAUGCCAUCAUCUUCGAAACCAAAAUAUGAAACUGGAACUUCCAACCAUGAGGAUGUUGAUUAUGAUUGGCUUCCCAAGGAAACCAUCAAACAAUUAAAUAAAUCACCUAAUCCGGCCAAGCCAAGUUCACCACGACAAAGGAGGACGAAGAAAGAAUGAUGAGAUGAUUUCUUAUUAUAACUAAAUAAAUAAAAAUUUUACAUAAGCA